CUACAACCCAGAGAACGCGCUGGUUGUUGCUCAUGGGGACGAUUGCAACCUUUCCCUUCUUCUCCUACGCGUAAAUGCCGUGAAAAGAACCUGCUCACUACACUCGGCAAACAAGCCGUCGCCACGAUUCGUAGCUUGUUGAUAGAAGUGCCCUGCCACACCAUGGCCCGCGAACGCCCUGGGCCGCAGCCUGCGAGCAGCGACGUGCCAUCCCAAGGGAACAGCUCUAUCGCAAACACGUCCGCAUCCCGGAAGCGCCAGGUCGAUUGGGCCGCAGUCGACGCCGACGGCAGCUUUGAUGGCUUCACCGUCAAGACAGUGUCUCUCAGCACCCGGCAGAAACCCACAAAGUCGUCACACAAAAAGCAAAAGACGACGACGACCCCGCGUAGUAGACCGAGCGAUGGAAACGCAGACGCGCCAACAAAGGCAGACAUGGUCCAGCCGAACCCCUACCCAAAAACGAAGCUGAGUGAGGUAUAUUGCCAGGUAGUCCCUGCAGCAUUGUGGGAGAGCACGAGGCGCUACCGCAAAUUUACCAUCGAUGGAGUUGAGUUUCAAACCGGACAGGUUAUCUACGUCAAGAAUAGCGAGGAAAGAGAAGAAGAAGUAGAUCACGAUGCACCCACCUCGAUUCCCCAGUGGUUUGCCUACAUUCUUGAGGUGCGCGGUGGAGACGCCGCGCAUGUAUUCCUGAGGGUGUACUGGGCUUACCGCCCACAAGACUUGCCAGGAGGUCGGCAAUCGCAUCAUGGCGCCAAUGAGCUUAUAGUCAGUAACCACAUGGACAUCAUCGACGCCUUGUCUGUCGACGGCAUUGCCCAGGUGGCUUAUUGGGACGAAGAUGUAGAAAACGAGUGGCCUGACAAAGAUCAAUUGUUUUGGCGCCAGAGCCUUGACAUCAACAAGCCACGGGGCAGGCGAUUGACGACGCUUAGAACAUAUUGCGUUGACAAGGCGCCAUGCAACCCUGACGAGCCACUCGUCCACUGUCCUUCCUGUAACGAGUGGCUUCACGCACGCUGUCUUGAAGAACAGUCUGUGCAAGACGCGCACAAUCAGUACAUGCUUUCACAACCAAAAGGCAAAGGCCGCACAAAGGACCCAUCUUCCACUCCACUACCCUUUACCGCCAAACUCGUCACGUCAGACUCUGGCAAAACCACACUUACCGUCACACACAAGCGCAAAGGCCAGGAGAAUCGGCAGUGGGACGUCGACGUGCAAUGCCUCCUUUGCAAGGAGACGGUCGAGAAGGCUGACGACCACUUGCCAGAACGACCGGCGUCCACAGCUCCAAUCCCGCCUCAGCAUCAUGAGGAGGAACUGGAUAACAUCACUAUUGCCCCAGCCGCGAGCAGCUCUGAACAGCCCAUCGUUCAACGCUUGGUCUCUUCAAUAUUUGGCAACGGCCCGCCCGCGCCAUUUACAAGCACCACUGAGCCAACGACCAACAUAGCGGAACCUGAGUCGGCAACACCAACUCCAGCAAACACCAUAUCCUCUUCCACUAGUUUCCCGCCCAAUGAUACCCCGUCCAAACAGUACAGCAAGAUUAGUCCCUACAAAGCGCUACUCAAUAAAUUAAAAGGAACUUGACAGCCGUCGUCCACAUUGUGCACCUAGCCAUUUCCCAUUUCGAUGCUAGUUCCGAGUCCAAAUUUUGUCACUUUGGUGGUUUUUCUCUUUGGUUCAUGAGGGGUUUCGGCGCUUGGUAGCUCUCUCAUAAUGAUGAAAAACAGAAUCUCUUUCCGGUCCCAUUUCAGUACAGUGGGACUUGUCUUCCCUGCACUUUUUAGCGUUUACCCCCCUGGAGUAAUGGGUGCUUUUCUUUCCCUUGGCCACGUAUGAAGUUCACGACCUACCCUUUCAGAUGAAAAGUUAUAAAAUAAAAGCUUUCGGAUUAGUUAAAUACAAGUAUAGUCACUAAGAAGAGCAACGACAUGCUCUUGCAUAAAGGAUCCUACACAGUAGCAUCAACAGCAUUAUAAUAAUAAACAUUGGUACAUUUA